AUGGAAAACCAGCAGAAGCGCAAGCACAACUUCAGACAGGAGCCUCGGAAGAAGCCUAAAAGCGACAAUGAGGGCGGCUCAUUUAGCGGGCUCGGCGCAAAGCUGAUGUCCAAGAUGGGCUGGAAGGAGGGUCAGGGCCUGGGUAGAGAAAAGCAAGGCAUGUCCGAGCCUAUACAAGUCACCCUGCGUGGCACCAGAGGCGGCGUCGGUGCGGUCAAGGAGAAGAGCGAGCAGCAAAUCCGAGAGGAGCGCCGCAAGGCAGAGCUGAAUGGCGAAACCUACGUCGAAGAUUCGGAAGAAGAAGAGCGCAUGCAAAGGAGGAAGAAGAAAUCGACAGCCGCUUCCACCGCAGCGCCCAAGCCGAAGAAGACUAUAUUCGACCUCGAAGCCGCUGGUAUGCAGGUUCCGCGCACCUUGCAAUCUAUCGUCGAUGCAACUACAGGACAAGCCACAUCCACAUCAGCGCUUCGCUUGCGGGGCGACGAGAUACCUUUCCAGACAAGCCUGGCGGGUCGCGUACAGAGGGAGGUUGCUGCUUUUGGAGAAGCGGUCGACGCGAUACAGACGGAUUCUAAGAACAUUGAAUUCGAAAUGGACCGCCUGUAUGCUGAACUCGAGGGUCUCAGCGUUCAGAUAGCAGAGAUUCAAGAUAUCAGCGCUCGACUAGAGGCGUUGCGUACUGAGAAGGACUUUUCGGCGGUUUGCGACGGGUUGAAGGCUCUCCGCGCAGCCUACCCCUCCAAAGACCUCCAACGAGAAGCAGUGGCCGCUAUACACUCGCACUUCACCUCCCAGAUAGCUGGAUGGACUCCAGCUUCCGACCCACUCGAACAUGUUGCCUGUUCUUUGAGCGAGGUGCGAGGUAUCAUCGAUCCCUCCACCCAGGCUGCAGCGGCCGAAUACCAACCACCCUCGAGCGAACUUGCUCGUCCGAUCUCUGUCUUUGCGCCAUACCCCCACGACAACGAAUAUCGCAACCGGCGGUCUACAACGCUAUACCAAUCUAUGAUGCUGUCAUGGUGGCCCCACUUUCAUACAGCUAUGAUUAACGAUUUGGAGCUUGAGGGGCCUUCUGCUGCGGCCUUUAUACGCGCUAUAGAAGUCUGGAAGCCGGUUCUGCCUCCCUUUAUCUUCCAGCGGGUGACUAAAGAGAUCAAGCGCAAGGUCUCUGCAGCACUUCAGCAGUGGAACCCCCGGAAAGCGAUUAAGCACAAGAGCUCGUCUCCCCUCCCGAACUGGGUUUUCGAUUGGCUACCCUAUGACUCAGACAUGCUCUCCGAAGCCAUGCCCAAGCUUCGCAGUCUCGUCCAGCUCUGGCCCGUCCAACGAGGCGUCAUUCCCGGCAUUCAGCUCUGGAAGAAAGCUUUCCCCGGCGAGAUUGAACAGCUUCUGGUGAAGCAGCUUCUCCCGCGACUGGCCGCGUACCUCCGCGACGACUUCGAAUUCAAUCCUGCUGAGCAAAACUUGGAGCCAAUCUCGGCAAUCACCAGCUGGUGCGGCGUGUUACCGGCCCGCAUCAUAGCAGAGCUUCUUCACGCCGAAUUCUUCGCGUCGAAGUUCUUCCAUACCCUGCACUCUUGGUUGACCUUCGAAGGUCGAAAUUUCGAAGAAAUCGGAGAGUGGCUGUCCUGGUGGAAGAAGAGUGUGUUUCCUGAGGAGAUUAACGAAGUCGCCAUCAUCGAGCGUGACUGGGAGGAAGCCUACAAGCUCGUGAUUGCCGCCCUAGAUCUCGAGGGACCAGAGCUAGAGAAGCUCACCUUGCCCGCUGCUGCAGAGCCUAGGCACUCCCCAUCUCCAGAGACGCCUCAAUUCUCGAAGUCCAUAAACACUGAGCCGCCGCGUUCAGCAAGACAGGAGAUCGAGGAGACUACGUUCAAGGACGUGGUUGAGGCUUGGUGCGCGGAGGAGAACCUGUUGCUAAUCCCGCUACGUAAGGCAGACGAGAAGACUGGGCAACCCCUGUUCAGGAUCACGGCGAGUGCUACUGGAAAGGGCGGCGUGGUCGCGUAUAUGAAGGGCGAUGUGAUUUGGGCGCAGAACAAGAAGGACAAGAGUGUCUGGGAGCCCGUUGGUCUUGAGGAGGGCCUCGUCGCGCGAGCUGAGGGCAAGUGA